GUUGGCUGUUUAUUCGGUUCGCACCCCUAAGCCCGAUCGUCGGUGCCGGCAUUGCGGUCCCUGAAUAAUGGUGUGGUGUGGUGCGGUCCUCGUCCUCUGUGCCUUCUGUCUUCUGUGCUCCGUCUUUCUUUGUCUACUUCUCAAUCUCGCCGUCUCCUCUGUUUUAUCUAUCGCGUUUCCUGAGGAAGGUGCCACGUCAAACAUCUCUGGCCUCGUAAUAUUAUGACCACCACGGGGAACAAAGGGCGACUAUUCUGACUUUCGACAGCAUGCGAUUUAUUCGGUCCACGUCGUUAGCCGCAUUAUCACCACCGUUGCCGCCGCCACAGCCAUAAUCGCCAUCCCCUUCAUCAUGGCACGGCUUCAAGCCGUGCUACUUGCCCUGUGCUAUGGCGUCCGAACUGCAAUAGCCCAGGAAGAACACCAGAUUGGCGCCGUAGAGCUCUUGCCCAACGGGCUGUUUCCUCGCUUCCUCGACCUUACCCCAAAACUGGUGCGCCGCGACGGCCCGCCAUGCAAUCCUGGCCACCAUAGAUGCAUCGAUGUGGACGAAGAUGGGUUCUGCUGUCGCAAUGACCAGUAUUGUUACAUUCGGCCUGGCGGUCAACCUGGUUGUUGCGCAAUCGGGUCGCUCUGCGAUUCCAACUGCGAUGCUACAGCGUACCAAUGUACGACCACCAUCACAACAUCCGGCACGACUUCGACCUCGUCGGCUUGUUGUGGCCGCAGCUGUCCAACCACGAGCUUCUUCCAAUGCGAGUCCGAGUACGGCGGGAAUUGCUGCCCUUACGGAGCCACGUGCGCCUCGGGCGGCCUGUGUCGCAUGACGAGAUCGACAACACCCAGCGCCAUCGUUACCCCAAUCGACCCUGGCUGCACCGCCACGACCCAGCGAUCCUGUUCCGACGGAGGCGGGUGCUGUGACGAGUGGAUGCACUGCACCGAGGUUGACCGGACCCGCGGGUGCGCCCCGGGAAACCCAUCCAACGGAUGGACCUUCGUACCUGACCCGGACGCGGAGGAGGAAGAGGAUACAGGCGGGAGUGGCGGGCUGUCUACCGCCGCCAGGGCGGGGAUCGGCGUCGGCGUCACUGUGGGAGCAUGCGCUCUUAUCGGCGGCGUCGUCUGGUUCUUUUGCUUCGGGCGCAGGAGACAUCGACAAGAACAACAACAGCACCAACAACAACAACAACAACAACAACAACAACAGAACCAAGGGGGGGCCCGAGAGCAACAACAACAGCAAGAUGGCAGCCGCCGCUCAUCCCAGCCCAUCUCGGGCACUGGAUCACAUCACCCCCGCGGUCGCAGGAUCACCGGCGAUCACACUCCCGGCGGGCAAGCCAUGUCGGACGUCGCGACGGACAUAUCGCGCCCUACGCGCCGGCGCGGCUUGACGCAAGACUACUUCGGCCCGGCCGCCGUCGCGGGUCCCUUCACCGAGACGGCAACCAUGUCGCCCGCCACGUCCCCGGGCCUCGACCGCGGCGUGCCCCUGAUGGCGCAGUCGCCAAACGACAUUGCAGCGCCCGUGGAAAUCGACUCGCAAGUUUCGCCAGCACUGCCCCGCAGAGAUGAUGCCGCCGGCGCAACGGUCGCAUCCGCCUCGGCGCCACCGCAGCACUCACCGGCGGCGGCUGAGAACUGUUUUGAGCUUUACGGUACCGAGAUAUCCCCGGAACGUUAUGCGCGGCAGCAAUCGCAGGGGUCAUUAUCACCUUGGUCGCCGAUAUUGACGCCCCAAAGUAUGAGGGGCGGAUCGGAGCCGGAGCCUCGGCCUUGAGCAGGUCCAUGAAGAGAGUACAAUAUAGAAAGGAAUAUAGCAUAGUUAUAUAGCGCAUCUAUUUCAGAGAAAUCGAGU